AUGUAUGUCACAUGUAAUCAGCGUGCUGUCGGAUGGGUGAUUCGAGACAAAGUAGUCGCUAGUAACUUGUCCAAGGUUAUUCUAUGGAUGAUGGCGCCAAGCCAUAGCGGCUGUGUCAAAAAAACAGACGAAGAGAAACAAACACAUCUUGUAUCUCGUAGUCAAUACGAAGUGAAACGUCUAGCCGAUAAACGUGCAAAAGAAAACCCAGAAGAUAGAAAAGAACGUCUUCCAGCAAAACGUACGAAAGAAAUGAACCGCCGACAGAGCUUACGAGCGCGUGAGACUGAUGUGGAGCGAAAUACUAGGUUAGAGCGUGACCGUGAGCAACAUCGGGCGAAAACAAGUGCGAAAAAUGAUUCAAAUAUGGCAACUAACCCAAAUUGUGCUGUAUGCGGCUAUAAAGUUCUGGCUCGGAAUUGGUCAAAAUUAGCGAUUAGAUCGUUUCCGAACCUUCAUCUUCUUCGGCCUCAGAGCGAAGAGAUACCGGAUUCUGUUCUGAAAAUUAGUUUUUUACGAUUUACCAAAAUCUUCUCUGGUUUCGAUGUUCUCGUCAAUGGAGCACUGUUAGGACGAUGUGGGAUCGACACGACAACUGGAUUGGUAUUCGUGUGCCUUGGUUGCCAGACCUUUUUAAAAAACAAUGCUACCCCUGCGUCGGCUUUGAGCCGCUUAUACUCUCCAGAUGAUCCUUUGGAUGAAGAAUAA